GUGUGGGGCGGGGCAUUGUGAGUCACCUGCCUGGUCUUCCACCUGGGCCAGUGGGCUUCAGUCUGUAGGUGACUGCAGGAGGAGCAGCUCCUUUUGUACUCUCUUCAGGCAGUUGUAUCUCAGCGCUUGUUGGGUUCCUAACCUAUUAAAUUAGCCAUCUGUUUUUGACCCUCCCAGACAAGUCAACUCAGGAGAGGCGGCAGGGUGCGGGCCUUGGCCCGAGCCCCGGCUGGGGCCGGGCUGUGGGGUGGGCAGGCGAGCCGCAGGCAGGACCAUCUCUGAAAGUGCGGCAUAGCCUCGGCCUAGGGCAGCAGGAGUGCCUGGCCAACACUGUGAGCGGAGGCACAGGUAGCGGCAGACAGGAGUAGAGGUGCCCCAUGGGGAACAUACUGAGCUGCUGUGUGCGCCCCAAGGUCUGCGAAGAGUCGGACCAGGAUGAGGGCUCAGGGCGUCCUCCUGAAUCUGAAAUCUGUGAGGCAGCAGCUGAGGACACGACAGCAGCAGUGCCCACGGCUGCUGCCACAGAACCUGCCGAGUUGACUGUUGAAGCUGGUGAGGGCCGUCCUGUGCACGACAUCUGUGAUGGGGAGAUGCCUGAAGGUAAGGAGGUGAUGGUACCAUCUGCCCUGGCCACCCCUCUGGCUGCUGCUGUCUUCAAGGUCCCCUGGGGGGCAUCCCCUACCUCAGGCUCCUUUUUGCCUGUAGUCAGCUUUUCCCAGGGCUGUACCCAUCUCAUUCUUCUUUUGUACCUAUCCAGAUGGUACCUAAGUGAAGGAACCAGAGAGGUAGCGACGGUUCGUGAUCAAAACUUUCAAAAGACAUGA